ACAGCAGCCUCCGUAGUCACGACAGUUGCGGCCAUUUGGCAGCUGCAUUGUUACCCAUCGCAUUUUUCAUCAACAUCCUUUUAUCUGGGGGAAGAUAUUUCUUGUAUUCGCUUGAUGAAUUUGACUCUGUUAAUAUUUGAUACUUUGAUUCUAACUUCAAACUUAACUGCUUGCUUGUUUUUACUGCUGUGUAAAAAUGAGUUCUAACACGCACGUCAUUCAGGUGACAAAUGUUUCUCCGAGCACAACGUCCGAACAAAUGAGGACUCUCUUUGGAUUCCUCGGAAUCAUAGAAGAGCUCAAACUGUUUCCACCUGAUGACUCUCCCUUGCCUGUGACUUCACGUGUCUGUUUUGUAAAGUUCCAUGAGCCCGAGUCAGUGGGAGUGUCCCAACACUUGACCAACACCGUCUUCGUGGACAGAGCUUUGAUCGUGGUUCCUUUUGCUGAAGGAGUUAUUCCUGAUGAGUCUAAAGCCAUGUCGCUGAUGGCUCCAGCCAACGCUGUGGCGGGGAUGAUGCCCGGUGGAGGUCUGCUCCCGACGCCCAACCCUCUGGCAUCGAUGGCAGCAACGCCGUUCGGAGGUCUUGGGGCUCCCAGCAUGGAACAAAUAGCUGCAAUGGGACUUGCAGGGCCCAACAUGAACCCACAGGCUCUUUCUGCAGACUUCCUGAAACUCAUGCAGUCUAUUGACCCAAAAUUGAAUCCAUUAGCAGCUGGACUGAACUUGACUCCUGGUCUAAAACCAGAUGCCUCCAACAAGGAGAUCGAAGAGGCCAUGAAGAGAGUCCGAGAGGCUCAGUCUCUGAUUUCUGCUGCUAUUGAACCAGGAAGUAAGAAAGAUGAGAAGCGCAAACAUUCCCGAUCCCGUUCUCGGUCACGACGCAGGAGUUCCGCCUCUCGAUCGAGACACAGACGUUCGAGGAGCAGGUCUCGGCGUAGGUCUCUUUCGAGAAGCAGGAGGAGGUCCAAGAGCCCUCGUCGGAGGAGGACUCACUCUCCGGACAGAAGUCGACGCAGUAGAUCAAGGGAUAAGAGGAAGGAGGAAAAGUCCAAGAAAAAGUCCAAGACACCCCCUAAGAGCUACAGCAGUGCCAGGAGGUCUCGAAGCAUCAACCGGAGGUACCGGAGGAGUCGCAGUGCUUCCAGGUCCCCCAAGAGAAAGCCCUCCAGGUCUCCGUCGCCCAAACGCCACAAGAAGGAGAAGAAGAAGGACAAGGAACGUGAGAAGGAGAGGGACAGGGACCGGAGGGAGGUCAGAGACCGCAGCAGAGAUGAGAGAGAACACUCAACCAGCAAGAGAAAGAACAAAGAAAAGGAGCGAGAACGAGACCGCAAGUCUGACAGCGAGAAAGGAGACGUCAAGCUCUUCUCAUCACAGGUGACUCGGGACUACGAUGAAGAGGAGCAAGGUUACGACAGUGAAAAAGGAGAAGAGGAAGAGAGGAAGAGUGACUCUGACUCUGUAUCGUCUCCCAAAGGCCGUGAGGAGAUGGAGCGGGUCGAGGCUCGCGUCUCUAAAAAGUCCAAACUAAACGGUGACGAUCACCAUCAGGAGGACAUGGAGAUGAGCGACUGAGCCCAGCCGCCGCCUCCUUCAGUUCUUUUUACAUUUUUAUGGCAGGUCACGUGUCCGAGCCUGAUCCCACAGGGUGAAACAGGCUGGUGUCUUAACCGUAGAAGUGCUGUGGAAGGAGUGGAGCGAGCAAAACUGUUUUGUAAAAACAACUAAAAUAUGAGUAACAUAAAAUGUGGUUUUAAACUUUGAUUUCUGUACUUUUCCACGGAGUCCUGACAGGAAACUGUUUCUGUAAAAACUUGAGUCCUUGCUCACCUGUUUUGUUUUUAUUUGGAUUUAAUGGUGCACUCACCCAUUUCAGCUCUUAACUAUAGAUUGUAGACACAUGUUGUGAUGAAAAACAGUCUCAGAUUUUCCUAAGGAAACCAAUAAAACCAGGUUGAACUCUUA